AUUUCAUUCCCAUUUCAUUGAUUUCACCCUCCUACUUUCUCUCUCUUCUACUUUUGCCCUCUAACUUCUCACUAGGAACAAGCAAACUUUUUUUUUUGGAAACUAUUUUUGGGUUUGCUUGAUAAUUAGCUGUUAAUUACUUGCUGGGUGAUGAUCUUCUGUCGUUUUGUCCUUGGGAAAGUGUUGUUUGAUGGCAUUGAAGUGUUGUUGUUCUUGAACUUAGCCACUUAGAUUGUGCAUGCAGGGUAAAAGGCUUGAAUAGUAUCAUUCUAGUUAAUAGAGGCAUACAUUUGUUUACAUUGUAAUUCCGUGGGAGAAUAUAUAUAUGCAUGGAGGCCAAAGAAAGUAUGGCGAUGGGGGUGACAGUAAUAGGAGCAGAGGCUCCGUCGAAUUAUCAUGUGGCGUCCCGGGGUGAAGCCCCUCCUCAGUUAGCUAUAACAACAACAACUGGGGAUGUUACUCCAGUAAGUGUUGGCAUGUCAGGAUUGAUGGAGAAAAAGAAGAGGGGCAGGCCUCGUAAAUAUGGUCCAGAUGGUAGCGUGUCGAGAUCAUACUCGCCAAGGCCGACUUCAGCGUCAGCUCCACCUUCUGCUGGUAGUCAGCCAAGUGGGAAGCGGGGUAGGGGGCGAUCACUGGCUUCAGAGGCCAAACAUCAGCCCAAAUUUGAGAUGGUUUCUAUGGGUGACGGAUUUGGACAUUCGGAUGGAGCUAACUUCACUCCUCAUGUCAUAACAAUUAAUAUUGGUGAGGAUGUUACAGCAAAAAUCAUAUCCUUUUGUCAACAAGGACCACGUGCUAUUUGCAUUCUUUCAGCUAAUGGAAUGGUAUCAAAUGCUACACUUCGUCAAUCUGAUUCUUCUGGAGGUACAUUGACAUAUGAGGGACGCUUUGAAAUAGUAAAUUUGUGUGGAUCUUUCACGCCUACCGAGAGAGAAGGUACAAGAUAUAGAGCAGGCGGGCUAAGUGUCUCUCUUUCAAGUCCAAAUGGUCAAGUUGUAGGAGGAUGCGUUGCUGGAUUACUGAUCGCUGCUAGCCCGGUUCAGGUAAUUGUGGGGAGUUUCUUACCAACUAAUCCGCCUGAUAUCAAGACAAAGAAGCCCAAAGUACAACCACCAUCAACUCCUACUCCUACUCCUUUUACAAUAACAUCUGCCCUUCCUCCACCAAAUGUAGCUGAGAAAGACGCGUGUAAUGGGCAGGGGCACAAUCGUAAUAAUUCUUCAGUACCUCCUCCGCUGCAGAACCUCACCUCGCCUACAUCUUAUCAACGAGAGAAUUGGGCAAACACACAUCCUAAUCCUAUGCAGGAACGAAGGACAUCUACGACUGAUAUAAACAUAUCAUUGCCUGGAGGGAUGUAGGUUCUCAGCUGGUAGUCUGACUUGUAUGCUAAUCAGCUAAUCUCAGGAGAACAUAUUAGGAUCAAAAGGCGUCUGAGUUAGGGGGUUCCCCCUAACUCUAAUUUGUGCACAUUUUCUGAAAUUCGGAGAUUUGUAUGGACUAAUUUAGUUUUUGAUGUUUUACACGCGCUAGCUAGUUAUAUUAGGACACUGCGGUUUUUAGUAUGGCAGGUUUUUUUUAGUGGGUGUGGUUCUUUUCUCUAUUUUCUUUUAUAGAAAUGAUUAAGGUUGUAAGCACCUUAUAAUUUAGGGUAAAUCUCGAUUACCACGUUUUAAGUUUCUUUUCUCGGUGUACUUGUGUUGGUUGUACUACUAUGCAUAUUGAUUUUCAUAUACAUAGAUUUACUCCUUUGUAUCAGUAUACGAUAUCAGAUUUGCAGAAACAGCUAAUUGUGAAAUCAAGUUUGUAUUGACA